UCUUCUCGAGGACCCAGUCCAUUAACAAUGGGUGCACAAGACACUCUCCCUGUAGCUGCAGCUUUCACCGAAACUGUUAAUGCCUACUUCAAAGGAGCUGAUCCUAACAAAUGCAUAGUAAAGAUUACUGGAGAAAUGGUGCUGUCAUUUCCUGCGGGAAUUACUAGACAUUUUGCCAAUAAUCCCGCUCCUGCUGUUCUAACAUUUCGUGUGACAAAUUACAACAGAUUGGAACAUGUUUUGCCAAAUCCUCAACUUCUUUGCUGUGACAGCACCCAAGCCGAUGCCAACACAAAGGAGUUCUGGGUAAACAUGCCAAAUUUGAUGGCUCACUUGAAGAAAGUGUCUGAACAGAAACCACAAGCAACAUACUAUAAUGUGGAUAUGCUUAAAUACCAGGUAUCAGCCCAGGGUAUUCAAUCUACUCCACUGAAUCUUGCAGUGAACUGGCGGUGUGAACCUACGAGCACAGACUUACGCAUUGACUACAAAUAUAAUAUAGAGGCAAUGACUACACCAGUAGCUUUAAACAACGUGCAGUUCCUUGUUCCCAUUGAUGGUGGAGUGACAAAACUACAAGCUGUGCUUCCACCUGCUAUUUGGAAUGCUGAACAACAAAGGAUAUUGUGGAGAAUUCCUGAUAUUUCACAAAAAUCUGAAAAUGGAGGGGUGGGUUCCUUGCUUGCACGGUUCCAAUUAUCUGAUGGACCAAGUAAACCUUCACCCCUGGUUGUGCAGUUCACCAGCGAAGGGAGCACUCUGUCCAGCUGCGAUAUUGAACUUGUUGGAGCUGGGUAUCGUUUUUCACUUAUUAAAAAGAGAUUUGCAGCAGGAAAAUACCUGGCAGAUAACUAACCGAAGUAUAUGCAAGUAUGUUCAAAAUCCAUAUAGCUGAGGACAGCCAUGGUUGGAUGGCUUUUAUAUGCUGCUGAGGGGAAACUAAUUGAAUCCUGUAUUCAGGACAUUUCUGUUGGAAGCAUCAGCAA